AUGGCUGCUACUAGUUAUGCAUACACAAGCCAUAGCUCAUCUCAAAGAUCAACAGCCAUGGUGCUGGCUCUAGUAUCUGCAAUUGUACUUUCACCAUUAUAUGUGACAAACAGAAAAACUGAUGCAAGGUAUUAUGAGACAAAAUGGAGCUCUGGGUUUGUCCUUCCCAUGGUUCUUGCUGGACUUAUCAUUGCCAUUAAAACCACUUCUUCAUCAUCAAGUUCAUCAUCUUCAUCAUCUCAAGGAGAUUCUUUUGUUCCUUCUCCUGAACCUUCAUGGGUACUAAGAAUUGGGAGCUCAAGCUGGGGGCUUGCUGGGGUUUUAGUACUGCUGAUCAAUGUUUUCAUAGGCGAGGCGUAUAGGCGAGGCGUUUUUAAUAGCGCUAUGCGAGGCGUAAGCCUUGAGGCAUUGAGGCGCUCAAUUGCAUUGAGAAGCCAUGACAUGACUAGAGGAUUUGUGGAACUCCAGUCAGCCAUCUUGGUCUCACUUGUAUUGGGGAUUAGAUUUCCAGAGUUAGCUUCCUGUGAGUUAAAGUUUUAUGAUUUUGAGGUGAUUUCAAUUAUGGAUAUGCUGAUUGAAGGUAUGCUUUCUCUCAACACUAUGACAGAGGAUGGCAACAUUGAGGAGUACUCCAAAACAGAGAGUGGAACAAUUAAAGCACCAUAUGUUGGGAUGGUAUUUGACACAAUGGAAGAAGCAAGAAACUAUUAUGAAGAGUAUGGCCGACAAGAGGGAUUCUGGAUCAGAACUCGAUCUUCCUCCAAGACACGAAGGCGUUUAGAUGAGGUAACGAGUAGACAAUUUGUUUGUGCACAUGAAGGGAAAUACAUGCCCAAAAAUACGUCACAUAAGGCUUCAGAAGGGAAUGAUGAGAGAGACGCAAGUGAUAUUGAGAAUAUGAAGAGAACGAGUAAAAAUUGUUCUACAGUGAAAUGUGGAUGCAAAGCAAGUAUGAGAAUUAAGCUUGAUAGAUGGUCAAACAAAUGGAAAGUUUCAAGUUUCCAAGACUCUCACAAUCACAAGCCAGUUACACCGGAAAGAAGAAUGAAAAUGAAGUCAAAUAAGGUUAUGCCAAAAGUAGCUAAAAUUCUGACUGAAACAUUUCAUGAAGAAAAUUUGCCAAUUGCAAAAGUUCCUUCAAUCCUUGGUGGCCCGCAUAUUGGUUUUAACAAUAGAGAUUGUUAUAACCACUUGAGAAAUGUCCGACAUAGACAAUUGGAUGGAGGUGAUGCACAGUCAGUCCUUACUUACUUUAGGAAGAAGCAAGCUGAGAAUCCUCAAUUUUUUUAUGCCAUUCAAUGUGAUGAAAAUGGAAGGGCUUCUAAUUUCUUUUGGGUGGAUGCUCGAUCACGCUUGGCGUACCACUAUUUUGGAGAUGUAGUCACAUUUGACACAACUUAUAGGACAAACAAGUAUGAUAUGCCAUUUGCACCAUUCACAGGAGUAAACCACCAUUUGCAAUCAAUACAAUUUGGAUGUGCACUUUUACAAGAUGAGACAGAGGUGACAUUUUUGUGGUUGUUUGAGACAUGGCUUGAAGCAAUGGGAGGACGUCAUCCAGUUUCCAUUAUUACUGAUCAAGACUUGGCAAUGAAAUGA